AUGCGGUAUUUCCAUCACAAUACCACUGCCACUACGUCUACUACUAAUCAGUCUAUGACAACGGAACACGCAACAAAACUGACGCCGGCGAUAUCACCUAGGACUGCCAAAAUCUUGCAACAUAAUGAUGGCCUCGAUAAACUUCCACCGCCUUCUACUACUACUAUACAACAAUCCAUACAAAUCCACCCCUUAUCAUCACUUGCUCCCCCUCCUCCAUCUCCUACCGUUCAACACCACUCACCACAACAUGUUUCGAUUCAACAACGCUCAACAACGCCCCCGGCGACCUCCACGCCAAUUCAACUACACUCAAAACAACUACUACCCAAUCCCACCACCACCAAUUCUACACCUAAUUCCCAACCCCCCAAACUUACCACCUAUCAUGAACAUACCCCACCUUCUACCUCCACCACUGCUACUUCAUCAAAUUCCUCCACCACCUACGCCUAUGAUCGCCCUCCCAUUGCCACCCAUUCCUUUGAACAUGCCACUUCUUCAUCAACAGCUCACCACCCUUCUCAACCACAACGACCUCUUGAUGACAUUCAUCCAAGAUGGACAGCCGGACCCCAUACAUCACGACCACCUAAUGCAAAUACUCCAUCUUCAGGAAGUCACCACCAUGGAAAUACAAACACACCUCACUCAGUUCCUCAACUGGGUGCAAUUGAUCCCCCAAAUCACCCUGCAUGGCCUACACUCAACCCCUGA